AACGGGUGGCAGUGCCCGGGGGGUACAGAGAGGCAGCAGGCGAUAGGGAGGAUACGGAGGGGCACAGGGGGGCACAGGAUGGCGCUGGUGAUGCCCCCGGGGGGGGAGCAGGGGUAUAUCCGCACGGUACUGGGGUACGAACACUUCCAGGAGUUGGACAGUUCUACCCUGGCUCUGCCCUCCGAGGAGCGGCUCAAACUCACUGCCAAGGAGCCUGUGGAUAAAGCGCAGAGGAUCCAGCAACAGGUCCGGCUCACCCUGGCCCGGAGGGGCAACAAGAGCGUAGGGAACGGGAGUCUCCAUCAUGCCUCCAGCCUCCCAGAGCAGGUUCAUUACAAUGGAGGCUUCACCCACAAAGAUGUGUUUUCCUCAGCCUCUAAACGUUAUGACACCAUAAAGGACGGCAGAUACACGGGAUACGAGAAUGGCGUCGGGGGGAACAAAGUGACGUUCAGCGAGUGGAGAAGCGAAUGCGACACCCGGCGCCCGACGCUGCGGCGCGACGUCUCCCCCGAGGGAGAGAGAGAGGUCAGUUGGUCGCCGUUUUACCCCGACGCCCCCAGCGCCACCAAGCGCUACGCCCGCUCCGACAUCGUCGGGUUGAACCGGUACAAGACAGCGAGUCGGGCCCGACAGAACCUCUCGCAGCAGUUUCGCCAGGACACGACCGACUCCGUAUUUGCCCCCAGUGUCCCCGCCAGUGUCCCCGCCAGCCCCAUUUACCCCCAGUGGCGCCACAGCCGCAGUAUGGAGAACCUGCUGGAGCAGCACCAAGUCGGGCAGCCGGGCGCCGUCGGGCAGGUGAGGGUCGGGCAGGCGGGGCAGUUGGGCUCCACCAAAGCGCAGACUAUGAGGUCCAAGUGGAACCAGAGCACCGUCAGAACCGCGACCAAAGAUUCCUUCAACUCAACUGUAGGGGGCGUCACCUUCGAGAGACGGGUUCCCCUAUUGGCCGGGGCCUCGGGGACCCUACAGAUGCAGAGAGGGGGCAGCCAAGUGGAAGCUCAUGUGGGGAAUGUCUCGUCCCUGUUGGAGGUGGAGAUGACGCUGGAGAGAGCGGUGAAUCUGCUGCAGAGCGAGACCUCCUCGUCCCAAUGGUUGUGUUCCGCCGCCAGCUUCAUCCAGCACGAGUGCUUCCGCAAGUCCGACGCCCGCAGACAGGUUUAUAAUCUCGGGGGGAUCCCCCGGCUGAUCCGGCAGCUGAAGGGCGACAGUGAGGAGGUGCAACGGGCAUCGUGCGCCGCGCUGCGCAACUUGGUGUUCGAGGACAAUGACAACAAACUGGAGGUGUGUGAGCAGCGUGGGAUCCCCGUGGCCCUCAAACUGCUUGGGGAGACCCAGGACUUGGAGAUAAAGCGCCAGAUCACAGGGCUGCUGUGGAACUUGUCCUCCAACGACCAACUAAAGAGCUGCCUCAUCCGGGACGCCCUGAAGCCCCUCACCAGGACCAUCAUCAUCCCCAGCUCGGGGUGGGGGGAGGGGGAGUACUCCAAAAGCUCCGCCCUGUCGGACCCCGAUAUCUUCUACAAUGCCACCGGCUGCCUCAGGAACAUGAGUUCCGCCGGGCCAGAGGGGAGGAAGGCCAUGCGCGACUGCGAGGGGCUGAUUGAUGCGCUGGUGCAUUAUACCCGGGGCAGCAUCGCUGACUACAAACCCGACGACAAGGCGACAGAGAACUGCGUGUGUAUCCUGCACAAUCUCUCGUACCAACUGGAGGCCGAGCUGCCCGGCACUUACACCCAGUCCAUCUAUCGGGCCGGCCGGGGGGCCCCCCGCUCCGAGGAGGAGACCGUCGGGUGUUUCGGAACCCGGAGCAGAAAAAUAAAGGAGCAAUGGGGGGAAGCGCCGAUGGCCGAGGAGAAGAACAACCCCCGGGGGGUGGAAUGGCUGUGGCACUCGAUCCUUGUGCGAAUGUACCUGUCACUCAUCGCCAAGAGCAACCGGAACUACACCCAGGAGGCAUCACUGGGGGCCCUCCAGAACCUCACUGCCGGCACCGGCCCAAUGCCGUCGACUGUCGCUCACAUGAUCAUACAGAAAGAGACCGGCCUCCAGCACAUACGGAAUAUACUCAAUUCCAGUGAUUCCGGAGUGAAACGGACGGCAGUCUCGCUGCUGAGAAACCUGUCUCGCUACUCUAACCUCCAGAAUGAGAUCGCAAGAGAGGUUCUGCCGGACCUGGUGCGGUUGGUCCCCGGCGCAGUCCCAGAGACCAGUGUGGCCAAUGAGACGGCGGCGUCCGUCUGUUACGUCAUCAACAACUUAAUCUCCAAGAGCUCGGAGAGCGCCCGGGCGGUGCUUAGCAACGGGGGGGUCCCCAAACUCAGCAGCCUCAGCAUCAGCGACAGUAAUUUGGCUACCAAGACGGGCAAGGCGGCCUCCAUUGUUCUGUACAGCAUGUGGGCCCACCAGGACUUGCACAGCACCUACAAAAAGUCCCUGUACAAGAAGGCAGAUUUCGUCAACCCCCGCACCCUGAAGGCUUACAAUUCGCUCCGAGACUGAAAGUUCUGGCGCUCGCUCCGAACCCGCCUUUCCCCUGUCAUCACUCCAUCCCUCGCACCCUGCUUGGCUGCUGCAGCGGAACUGAGUGCUAGCUCUUGGGAUCAGCACGCCGACAUCACACGGACCCCGGCGCCUGGGAGGGAUGACUGGGACUUUCUGCUUUUAUUGGGAUCUGGUUUAUUGUCGCGAACAGAAACCCAGGGAUCCGGGAUGCUGCUGCUUUCUGAUUGGUCAGUGACUAAGGCAGCUGAUUGGCUGGCGCAGGAGGAGGAGAGUAUUAAAGCCGGUCCUGCACUAUUAACCUGGAACGUUUGCACCAAAUAAUACUAAUAUCGAUGAAGAAUUCAAUGACCGGCCAAUCAGAACACCCCGGAUGGGGAUCUUCCUGAUCACGUGAUUUUCAGCCUCCUGUUAUAUCCUGAGACUGGGCAGGAUUCGCUACAUACGUUGCAAGGGUUAAAGAAUCAUUUACUAACAUUUCUGUGCCAAUAAGAAUCACUUUAUGCAUAAAAGCUUGCUGCUGAUUGGCUGCCACUAA